AUGGAUAACUUCGAGUACAGCAUCCAGCUGAGUGACAGGGACUGGGCUGAGUUCUUCCUGUCCUUCUGGGCGUCGGAGGAAUGCACCCUCACGCCCGCCGCCCUGGCCACGGCCGAGGAGCAGUGUCUCAGUGACAUUGAACAAGGGGACGGCGUGCUGGGGGGAGACUGCCGUGCCAGCACGAACGGGCAGAUCGCAAGUAAAGGGAAGGAGAAGGCAGCCAAGCUGGCUCCUGUGAAGCUGGGGAGCGAGGAAGCAGGGGAGGGCAAACGGCUGGUGCCCGGCCCUGGCAUGGAUGUGGGUGAUCCAGCCACGAGCGGUCCCCCGAAGCAGAAGGUGAAGGAGCCGGGGGCACAGCCCCUGGGGAAGGUGAAGGCCACCAAGCCUUCAAAGCCAGGGCAGGCUGGUGGCUUGGGCAUACGUGACAACGUGCCGGUGAUCCCUGCUGGUGAAGCCACCACUUCUUCAGGAGAGGCAUGUCAGGAGAUGCCGGAGAAACCUCUCCGUCCCAAGAGUGUGGUGUCUUUUGGAGGGGAUGCUGCUGAGGGAGCUCAUGGGGAGCCUUCAGCUGAGACCCCUGGAGAGCUGGACCCCCCUUGCUUUGCAACCGGGGCCUCUGCAAGGGCAAACACCCUGGACGUGACUUGGCCUGAGAUGUACGACUAUUUGUUCUGUGACUCCCAAGAGGAAGAAGAAGGAACAGGGAACUCAGUGGAGGAGGAGAGAACACCCUUGGAUAGGGAAAUAUCCUUGCCUGAACUGUAUGAGUACUUUUUCAAUGAACCAGAAGAAAACAGGAAAAAAGUCAAGGGUAAAGACAGGAAGCGAAAGAAGUUCGGCAGCUUGGACCAUGCUCAGCUGCAGAACGAGGAUCCUGACUCAGCUCUGGCCAAAAACUCCCUGGUUAUCUCGGUCCCUGAGGUGUAUGAACACUUUUUACCAGACGGGCCUAGGAACAGGGUGAGCUGGAGAGGGAUUUUCUCCAUCACUCCAGCCUCUGAGGUGAAGAAAGCUGUGGGGGCUCUGAAGUCCCUCCUGCAAAGGCCAAUACGUCUCGUCAGAGGUCAAGCCCCAGCCCCCCCGGCUCUGGUGCGGAGAGCAUCUGGAGAGCAGCUCCCCCUCGUCCCGCUGGCUCCGCUGGGAAGAGACCAGGCACACCCAGAAGGUUUGGACAUGGCCCUUGCGCUGACAGGGAGGCCUGAGGCUCUGCUGGCGCUGACCCACAAGGACAUGUGCCUUGUCUUCUGUGCCUUUGCAUCCUGGGCAGUGAAGACCUCCGACCUGCAGGCUCCGGAUGCCUGGAAGACCAUGUUCCUGGCAAGUUUUGGCACGCUUUCUGCCAUCCGCUACUUCAGAAGGCAGGCCAGGACGCUGGAGGCAGAGGCCGGGGACUUCGUCCUUGGGCAGCGCGAGAAGCCUGGAUCCCAGCACCAAGACUUCUCUGGACCCAUCCCUAAGCGGGACAGGAUGUCACGGAAGCAGGAUCCUUCCGGUGACAGUCAUUGA